AUGCAAGAUUUCAUAAUGGAUUUGUGUAGAGCACCGGAAAAACGUGAACGACACGGAUACGAAAUGCAUGUGGACAUGGUGUUCUUGAAACAUCAUCGACAUCAAAACAUCAGGAUGGUCGAUCAUCUCAGUGCAAUGGACAAGUGCGAGGUGAGCGGAUGGCCGUGGACCGACGGUCGUCGUGGAUCGGGUGGCAGUACGGGGUGGCGCACAUAUGGACAGAGCGGCGCGACAGCGUUCCUCUGUGAAAAACGCGUUGGCGUCGCCAUAUGA